AUGAAUCAGCGUUCUGCAGAGUUACCAGAACCAUACACUAGUCCAGCUAAUGACUUCCGUUCUGACACCUUCACAAUCCCGACCAAGGAAAUGAUAGAGGUUGCUUUUACGGCUUCUGUCGGUGAUGCGGUUUACCAGGAGGAUGUUGACACUAUGAAAUUGGAACAGCAUGUUGCGAAGUUGUUCGGAAUGGAGGCAGGUUUGUUCUGUGUUUCAGGUACGUUGUCCAAUCAAAUUGCUUUGAGAACACACUUACAUCAACCACCUUACACGAUAUUGUGCGACUAUAGAGCUCAUGUUUACACCCAUGAAGCUGCCGGUUUAGCCAUUUUGUCACAGGCCAUGGUGACGCCUGUAAUUCCUGCCAAUAAACACUACUUAACAUUGGAGGAUAUCAAGGCUAGCUAUAUCCCUGAUGAUGGUGAUAUCCAUGGUGCACCCACUCGUGUGGUUUCCUUGGAAAAUACCCUACAUGGUAUUAUUCAUCCUUUAGAAGAGUUGGUGCGUAUUAAGGCUUGGUGUAUGGAAAACGGUCUGAAAUUACAUUGUGACGGCGCAAGGAUAUGGAAUGCUUCUUGUGAGUCCGGUGUGCCAUUGAAGCAGUAUGGUGAGAUUUUUGAUUCUAUUUCGAUCUGUUUGUCCAAGUCCAUGGGGGCUCCAAUGGGAUCCGUUCUAGUUGGAUCUAACAAGUUCAUCAAGAAGGCCAACCACUUUAGAAAGCAACAGGGUGGUGGUGUUAGACAGUCGGGUAUGAUGUGUAAGAUGGCUAUGGUUGCUAUUGAAGGUGAUUGGAAAGCCAAAAUGAAGAAAUCACAUGCUAUGGCACACGAAUUGGCCAAUUUUUGUCAAUCCCACGCCAUCCCACUUGAAUCACCACCGGAUACAAAUUUUGUCUUCAUAGACUUACAGAAGGCUAAGAUGAACCCAGAUCUUUUGGUGAAGAAAGGUUUGAAAUAUGGUGUUAAGUUGAUGGGUGGAAGAAUUUCCUGCCAUUACCAGAUUUCUGAGGAAUCAAUAGAACAGCUCAAGUUAGCAAUUAUUGAAGCUUAUGAGUAUGCUAAGGAACAGCCAUUUGACUCUAAUGGUCCUACAAAGAUUUACCGUAGUGAGUCGGCAGAUGCUGUUGGUGAAAUCAAAACCUACAAGUAUUAA